ACACUGGACACAGUCUGUGAAAGUGAAAGAAGUCUUGUGAUGGUUGGGCGGGUCACGCGUAAUUCUGGCUUGUUGUUUUGAAGGCCUCCGAGAGGAGAGGGGGUGAAAAGCGAGUUAAAGAUGGCGGAAAGCGAAGGAGAUGAGACUGCUCGGCCCGCUCCUCCGUCACUGCUCCCCACAGCGCCCCGCGUUAACGGGUCGGGGAUGCUCGGUUCUGGUAGCCAGACCCCGACCUUAGUGACUUCGGGUCCGCGCGUGGUUCGGAUAAUAAAGUCAGAAUCUGGAUACGGAUUCAACGUCCGCGGUCAAGUGAGUGAAGGCGGCCAACUGCGGAGCAUUAACGGGGAGCUGUACGCUCCUCUCCAGCAUGUAAGCGCCGUGCUACCCGGGGGUGCGGCGGACCGGGCCGGUAUCGUGAAAGGAGACAGAAUACUAGAGGUUAACCGGGUGAGCGUGGAGGGGGCGACGCACAAGCAGGUAGUGGAUCUGAUCCGGGCCGGAGAGAGGGAGCUGGUGUUGACCGUGCUCUCUGUCCCGGCACAGGAAGGGGACGGACUCGAUGCCGGAGAAGAAAGUGCCGUGCAGCCCAGUUACGACUACAGCGACAAGCAGGCCGUCCCCAUUUCAGUCCCCACGUACAAACAUGUGGAACAGCACUCCGAGAAGUUUGUGGUGUAUAACGUGUACAUGUCGGGCAGGCAGAUGUGCUCGAAGCGUUACCGGGAGUUCGCAAUACUUCAUCAGAACCUGAAGAGAGAGUUUUCCAGCUACACUUUCCCGAAACUGCCAGGGAAGUGGCCCUUCUCUCUGUCUGAACAACAGCUGGACGCUCGCAGGAGAGGAUUGGAGGAAUACAUGGAGAGAGUCUGCUCAGUGCGGAUCAUUGGUGAGAGUGACAUUAUGCAAGAAUUCCUGUCUGAAUCAAACGAGAACCACAACAGCAUAACAGAUGUCGAGUUACGGAUAGCGCUGCCUGAUAAAACUACAGCUUCAGUGAGGGUCCGAAAGAAUAGCACCACUGACCAGGUUUACCAGGCUCUUGUCAUGAAAGUUGGGAUGGACAGCAUGAUGGCCAGUUACUUUGCUCUCUUCGAAGUUAUUAACCACUCAUUUGUCCGCAAAUUGGCUCCUAAUGAGUUUCCGCACAAGCUGUAUGUUCAGAACUACACGUCAGCUGUCCCUGGGACGUGUCUCACGGUGCGCAAGUGGCUCUUCAGCACACAGGAAGAGGAACUGCUGCGGGACAACCCACUGGCCCUGCACUACUGCUUCCAUCAGGCACAGGAUGAUGUGAAGAAGGGAUUCAUUAAAGCAGAGGAUAAAGCGUACCAGCUCCAGAAACUAGCAGAACAGAGAAAGAUGACAACGUAUCUGAGUCUUUUGCGCUCAUGUGAGGGAUAUAACGAGCUGACUUUCCCUCACUGUCCAUGUGACUCGCGGAGGAAAGGUCAUGUGAUCACGGCCAUCAGCAUGAAGCAUUUCAAACUACACGCCUGCACUGAGGACGGCACUCUUGAGAAUCAGGUGAUUGUGUUCGAAUGGUCAGAGAUGCAAAGAUGGGACACAGAUGAGGAGGGAAUGGCCUUCUGCUUUGAAUAUGUGCGGGGAGAAAAGAAACCUCGUUGGGUCAAAAUAUUCACUCCUUAUUUUAACUACAUGCACGAGUGCUUUGAGAGGAUUUUCUGUGAGCUCAAAUGGAGGAAAGAGGUUGAAGAGGAGGCCUCAGACAAAGGCAAUAAGAACUGUAGUAAUAAUGAUUACAUCUCGCCGCUGGAGCAACAGAAGGGAUGGCGCCACCUAGGGGGUGAGAUUGCCACUUCCUAAAACCCCUCUCUAGACCCCUGUGGAAUUAUAAAUUGCGCUGGAUCAUCACACAUGAGCAGACCACCAUAAUGACCAUGUUACCACGGCAACAUCCCAGUGACACCAUAACAACCAUGUUUCCACGGAGACAAAAGUGUGCCUUUCAGAUGCAGAGCUUUCCAUGUGGCAACCACAGCAACGCAAAAUGCCAUUAUCAUGGUGAAGUAAAGGCUGCAGGGAUGUUUCACCCCAGAUCAAGAGCACCAAUGGGUUCUGCUGUCAUUUCAUCUAUAGAUACUUUGAACUUGCUCAAGUACAUGUAAAAUACCACAUAGGACGAGAUCGAAAGAUCUUCCACAUCAUUGGUUUAGGAGACAAGCUAUUCUUUAAGUCUACUGGCUGGAUUUUGGAGAGCAUUAGCUAAGGUAGAGCUGAAUCGGCACUGUAAUCAGGGCAGCGUAGUAACAAAUGACCACUUUGUGAUUUGGAAUGGCUGCCGCUAUUACAGUUGUUUGACGAAACUAUAUAUAUGGGAGGGGGACGUCAUGCCUUAACAAAACGAAAUAAGAAUUUGUGUAGCAAGGUCACCAUACAAACAAUUAGUGUGAGAUCUCUAAAAUAAUAUUGUGAUGGCAUUAUUGCUUGAUUUUCCCAGUAUUGCUCACUAAAAUGAGCUCUUAUUAAUUUUAUUUCAAUUAAAUGAGGAGUAAACAAGUCUGUAGGAGCAGUGACAUGAGAAGUGUGUGUGUGAUUCUGUAAUUAAUGACAGGAUUGUUUAUGAACUGGCAUUAUAGGGAUUGUUUAACCAAAAAUGAACAUUCUGUCACCAUUUACUCACCCUUAAGUUGUUCCAAACCUAACAACAGUCGAUGGACACCCCAUUGAUAAAAUGAAAGUCAAUGGGGCCCCACUAUUUUUGCUUACUGACAUUCUUUGAAAUAUCUUUGUGUGUGUGUGUUCAGCAGAAAAAAGACAUUCAUACAGGUUUGGAACAACUUUGGGGUGAGUAAAUGAUGAAAAGACCGAAUGUUCAUUUCUAAGGCAACUAUCCCUUUAAGGUUAAGUGUAGUUCGCACAAGCGACCUGUAGGGGGCCUCAGCAUCAAACACAGUAGCAGCUGCGCUCAAGAUAGCGUUUAUUUCUGUUCAGUUUAUGUGUUGGCCUCUGAGGGAACAUCAUCGAGCGAGUCCUCGUCAGAGUUUGUUUUUGUGUUAUUUAUUGUUCGAGACUGCAGAGGUUUUCCUCACAGAGAGACAACAGCACCACGUCGGACCCGACUGAGAAUACUGUGGUGUUUAGUCCUCUCAUGUGUUUCCUAGAAUACGAACUUAGAAAGCAAAAGGCAACUAAUUAGUCUCAAACUCGUGUGCAAAUUCCCCAUAGUGUGCUAGAAUUUUUUUUCAAGCUUUUUCUCUUGUUGUAACCUUCUUCUUUUAAUGCAUAGUAGAGAACUAGAGCUUAAAAAAUGGUAUAGCAAAAAAAUAUAUACCAUAAAGGACCUUGGUUGCCCCCCUCAUCACAGGACAAGGCACAGCUUAACAUUUUCUUAACAGACAUGCAUGUUUAAUGCAAGUCAGAAGCUUUCACCAUUCCAUUCCAGCACAAUACUGUGAUAAAUGAGCUUAUCCUCAUCCAAAUGCUUUAGCCACCUUGGCUACGAUACCUUGAUCAAUAAGUGAGUUUGUAUAGUGUGUGUGUGCUACAUCAGAUUGCUCUCUGGUUAGAGUAAAGGUUCCUAUCACGACGGCACGGUAGCAUCUGUGGUCUAAGCGUAUUUACAAAAACUUGAUUUGUCUUCAGUCUUGAUUAUUUCCAUAUUUGAUUAGUUAAUACAGUUUAACAAUGUGAAUGAAAAAAAAAAGUUCGACUUGUGUGUUUUACAGUCGUGUAAUUUUGUCCUUUCGUCAGGAGUGCAGCAGGUGCGACACUUUGUAUUGUCUGGAAAAUGUCAAAAGUGUUCCGCCUUGUAAUGUUCACCAGCGCUAUACUAUUAAUUGUUUGGUCAGUGUUUCUUAUUUCGUGUCAAUAUGCCGGGAGGGAAGAUUAUGAAUGUACCAGAAUGUAUUUAUAACAUGGAUGAUUAUUUGUUUGUUUUGUGUCAUUAACUUGAAUUUCAACCAUUAAAUAGCCUAUCAUCAUAACUCUUCAGUUUUAAAACUUAAGACACUAACAUACUCGUAUCCUUCCACUGAGUGUUUUCUUAACUUUUGACCCACCUUGAAAGUAUUAAUCAUGUUUUGAGUGUUUUCCCCAAAAUUGGUAGGCCUAUGUUGGGAUGAAUACUGUCAAGUUUAACGGCUAUUUGUUUGUGUUCUGUGCUUCAUCUGUAAAUCUUACUGCUUGUGUGUAGUACUGACAGAGUCUUUGUAGCUUUUCUGACUGAAAACGUUAAUUUAUUUUUCUGCUGAAUCGAGGGGAUUGAAACGAGGCCUGUGCUGUGGUGGGUUCAGGAAGGGGCUUUGUAUGACAAAAGAUAUAAUGCAUACGUGAAGGAGAUAAACAGGCGUGCAUUAUUUCAUGUAGCCUAGAUAAUGGCAUAAAUUAACAAUAACCGGAUAUACAAUAGUUUUAUAUCUGAAAUGUGUGAGGGUUAAACUAACCA